UACUCUAGUGAUAUGACACAGGUCCGACGAGUGGCUGCUGUCAGACGUCCCAAAGUGUUCCUUCGUCUCGCAGCGAUGUUCCCGGACCACCACGUUCAGGUCAGGAUGGACAUAAAGGAAGCAGAACAUCCUGGCUUCAACCUGAACACGAACACGCUAUACGGGGAAUUCACGACCACCGGUAACCGGAAAGUCAGGUGCGCCGUGAACCUGACUGACAGAGAGCUCGUCGUCCAGCGGCUCAACUCGGUACCUGCGGGUCGGAGCCGAGUGGUCCUCAGUCUCAAAGACUGCGUCGGCUGUCGGGCGUACCGAAAAGAUGACAACGCCGACCCGGCAGCUUACCUGGUGGCCUAUUUUUACCCGCUCAAGCGGCGCCUGGUGCGCUCCGGGCUCUCGCGCCAAAGAGUGGAGCAGUGCUUCCGUCUCUCCGCGCUCCAAGACCCGCGAGCCAACCUCGACGAGGCGGAGAAGUGGGCUCGGACAGUCCGGGAGCGCUCCAACCGCUGGCACCACCUUCGUGACGGGGUUCUGCUUGGUGAGCUGUCCCACCCGAGCCGAAUUAUGCUGCUGGUGAAUCCACAGAGCGGGAAAGGACAGGCGCUCACGCUCUACAACAACCAUAUCCAGCGCAUGCUCAACGAGGCCGGGGUCCUGCACACGCUGGUCAUCACCGAACGUCAAAACCAUGCCCGCGAACUAGUGAGGGAGGCUGACCUAUCGCAGUGGGACGCUCUCGUCAUCAUGUCAGGAGACGGGCUUCUGUUUGAGGUAAUCAACGGUCUACUGGAAAGAUCAGACUGGGAGAAUGCUAUCCGUACACCUCUUGGUAUACUUCCUGGUGGCUCAGGCAAUGCCUUGGCUGCAUCCAUACAUUAUUACGCUGGUGCUUCGAUGGUGUCUGGUGAGGAACUCCUUGUCAGCUGCGGCUUCCUUCUCUGUAAAGGAGUGGUGUCCCGCAUGGAUCUGGUCUCGGUCCACCUCUCCUCCGGCACUCGUCUCUUCUCCUUUCUUUCCCUGGCAUGGGGCUUCGUCGCUGACGUGGACGUCGAAAGUGAGAAGUACCGCCAUGUUGGGGCGGCUCGCUUUACCCUGGGCACGUUGGUGAAGUUGGCAUCUCUGCGGGUCUACAAGGGAAAGCUUGCCUACCUGCCCGCUACAGGCGAGCACAGCCGAGCUAUAUCCGGACAUAUCGACAAUCAUGAAUUGCCCUCGCGGAACUCUUUCCGAAACACCUGUCAGUCCAACAACUCUCUCACGGCGAGGAGAACGGAGCAUUUGCGGCGCUCCAUCAAAUCCCGGAAGAACCCGUUGGAAUCGCCGCUCCCCCGAAUGGAGGAGCCUCUUCCCGGAAGCUGGGUGCAGGUCCCCGAAGAAGACUUUGUCCUGGUGUUAGCAAUGUACCAGUCCCACCUCGCCGAGGAUCUGCUGGCCGCACCGGGCGCCAACUUGGACGACGGCAUUAUUCAUCUGUUCUACGUCAAAGCGGGAAUAUCGCGCGCCGCGUUGCUUAGGCUCUUUCUAGCCAUGGAGAAGGGCACCCACGUGGCCUGCAGCUGUCCUCACCUGGUGCACACCAAGGUGCGUGCGCUCCGGAUGGAGCCCUAUUCACCCAAAGGGAUUAUAACGGUGGACGGCGAGGUGGUGGAAUACGGGCCGGUGCAAGCGGAGGUGCACCGCGGCGUUGCGAGGCUCAUCAGCGCGGGAACUUCAAGCUGUUGAUAUCUAUACAUGGUCCAAAACACACACUAAGCAUCCCCUAUGUGUAAAAUGGGGACAUCAUUCUUGAAGCUUUCAAUAGCGCUUCAUUAAUUUAUUGACUGGCAUUGACAGUGCUUGACGUCCAAUCGAACGCUGGCUACGAUUUACAUGGACACAUUUAUUUGGAUUAAAGUACGGAUGCAGCUAUCGAUGAUUUAACUAAGGCUAGGUUCAUACUACAGGUCUUAAUGCACGAAUCCGAUUUUUUCGUGGUUUUCCGACUCGAGUCAGGCAUUAACUUGACGGUCUGAACGAGACAAGUAGCAUAGAAGUGGACCAUUUCAAAUCCGAUCUGAGUCACUUUCGUAUGUGGUUCAAAUCCGAUCUGGGCCACAUUUUUUCAGAACGUGACUGGCGGUCUGAACUGUCAACACUCCCGAAUCGGAAUUCAUGCAGCAAUUACGUCCUCAAAGAGCAAGAGGCAGGGAGGACGGCAGCCAUGUAGGCAUUAGCGCCUAGCUUGAACUCUGCUUAUAAGAACGAAGUGUGCUUGACCACAGUCAUAAAAAAAUAAAAUAAAGAAAAUAAUAAGCCUUACAAUUUUCGAUUUUCAUUCUGUGCGCCGAAUGAGCAAUAUUUCAUUAUUGCACACAUGGCCGAGUCGGGGCAAACUGACGCAGCCACGUCAUUUCACGCACACACGUGAACCUUGACGUGUGUGCGUGUAUGCGUUCUGUCAGUCCAUAUAAACUUUGAAUAUAAGACUAAACGGGGAUAAUUAAUGUCAUUUGUGUCCUCUUUUUGGAAAUCAAAAUAUGAUCAGCCUGGAAAGACAUACAGCUAGCAUGUGUAAUUUGUUUUGAUGCUUCUGCGCAUGCGGGUCUCUUUGCUGAGCGCAUCUCGGACUGCGAAUUAGAGCGCAUGCGUGAUACUUGAACGGUCUCAAUGGACAAAGGCAGUCUGAACGGGCACGCCAAAAAAACAGAUAUGGCAAAAAAAUCGGAUUUCUGCAUUAAGACCUGUAGUAUGAACCUAGCCUAAUUGAUUAAUCCAUCGAUUACUUUGGGGCCGUUUACAUGGUGACUGGCCGAGAAGACGAAAAAUUUCAUGUUUGCAUUUAUAUGGUUCCGUCUCCAUUCGAACAAUGCCGCAAUCCCCCAUGAAAACAAUGUAGUACUCAUGCCAGGCCCUAGGGGGCAGUGCAGAUUUACAAGGCGACAGCAAAUGAUGCACUUUGACCUCCUCAGCCCGGAACAUUCCCGCCCACUCCAAACAAUGGCAUUUUCUUUUGUUCAAAAAGGCACAAAAAUGGAAACAUUCAACAUAUAUAAAUUAAAAAUAUUAUUAAAAACAGUAAAUUAAAGCCGACUUUCCGCCAUAUUUGCUGUUUUUAAUGUUUAGUAGCACUGCUGCGCACGCCCAAUGUGACGUGUACGAGUGCUGACGUUAUUGGCGCGGUCCCGCGUUGCAGGAGCUUUUGAUAUGCAUGCGGAGCAAGCCCCCCUCAAGCCCCGCAAUCGAAUUCUUCCACUUUGGAGGCAGGAUUCCAAGGUUUGCGUCUUUGCCUUCCGUCUCCGCCGACACCAUACGAACGCGAGGCCACUCCGCAACAUCGUCAUUGCGUCUUCGAGUCGCCAUGUAAACUGCCCCUUAGUUUGAUUAAUCGGAUAACAAACACUAAAUGCUUAGCAGAACUAUUUUUGAGACAAAGUUGAUGCUUGCAAUAACAAUAAUUUUGACCUGCGCAUCCAUUGGCGCCAGGAUUGCACUUUUAAAAGAGCAUUAAAUGUGACUGUUUUCUCAAACUCUAUAGAAUUACCCUUUAAUUUCACAAGAGCAAUAAAUGCAUUCAAAAACAAAAAAUCCGUCCUCACUAAAUGUGACAAUAUUCAUCUAGCCCACAUCAAACAAGACAAUAUGUGGUUCUUUAAAGUUCUUUGACUUUCAAUUUUUUUUUUUUUUUUUUUUUGUAAAUUUGUAACACAAACACUUGUACAACUAUGAGCAAAAAAGACAUUUUCACAAUAAAGCAUUUGGAGUUUAAAUGUCCAAUUGGUCGAAUUGAUAGGUUAAUUUGAUCUCGUAAAUUUACAUAACUUGCAUAGCAACAGUCCGCUAGCUUGAAUGCUAUUAAAUGCUCAUGUUUUCUUCAUUUUUUUGGUCACAAAUCUCUCAACAAAUCGUUCAAACACAUAUUUCCGCCAAAAAAAUGCUCGAUAUACUAGUACUUCUAAACUAAAUUACGAAUGCAUAAAAAACAUUUUAGCUCAAACACAGCCUUAUUUUGGCCUUAACAGGGAGCUGCUGCUCUUCAGCUAGACAAGAGUUAUGUCAUAUUCACAGUGUAUCCUCCCAAAAUCAAUAAAACUAAAUACAACACUUUCAAAACAAACAACUGCAACACCAGUCUAAUUAAACGAUUAAUCGAAGCAGCAAAAAUAAAUUAGAAGCUUCUUCCACUUCGGAAUAUGAAUGAUUCAUGUACACACCCUAUUUGGAAUACAAGAAGUCCCCAAGUAACGACGGACUCGACUUACGCGAUUUCGACUUUACGACGCCGAAGUCUCGUCCGCCAUUGUUUCAACAGUAUUGUACUACACUAAUUUUAUUAACUUGACGUGUUGUGUCCUCACUAAACGUGACGUCGUUCAGCUUGACAGACAGCAAACAAGGCAAUUGUGGUUUUUGAAGCCAUUUCCUUUCACUUUUGACAAUUUGUAAAGCUGCAACACACAUGUCCACUUAUGUUCAAAACGACACACAUUUUAGCAAUAAAACACCCGACAUAAAACAAUUGGUGUUCAAACGUCCAUCCCGUCUGAUCAAAUAAGCCUAUAUUGCCUAGCAAAAGUCGGCAAGCUUAAAUGCUACAAAACGUAUUUACAAUUUUCAUAGCAAAUCGCUCACACGUAACUCCACAAACUGUAGCUCAAAACUUAAUUACAGAUGCAUACACAAACGUUUAUUAGCUGAAAAAACUUACCGCCUUAUGUGGGCCAAACGAGAGGGCAGCUGUCCCUAUAUCCAUGUCACAAGAGUCAUUAAAGCCACCCAACGCUGUCAUGGAUUGCGGGCAGUCAGGCGGUGUGGACCCAAAUGCAGGGAAACAAAAAACUCAAGUCAGGUGACGGUGAACUCAAAAAAACGUUUUGAAAAUAACUAACAAAAACACAAAGUACAACCAAAAGGACUGGGGACCAAAAAGACAUUGUUCGAACAAAACUAACUUAAUCCGAGAGACUGGUACACGAGGGCUUGGACAGGAUUUGACAUGGACAAUGACGCAACAAGGAGUGAACAGAAACUUGGGAGUUUUUAUACACACAGAGACAAGGGGUAACGAGACAAUGAGGAACAGAUGGGUGACCCAGGAGGAUGCAGAUUGGAGGAUACACAAGGAGCAGGCACAACAGGUGAAAUCAAUGGGCAAUCACAGGAACACACUAGGAGGGAACCAACACAAAACCUAACACAACGCUGCCACCAGAGGGCAGUGUAUCCUCCAUCAUUAAAAUGAAAUACUUUUGGACUUUUUGGAUAGUUAUUUUUAAAAGGGUUAAUUCCGAUUUACGCAGGGUUACGUUGCCAGAGUAGGACCGGAACUCGUUCGUAACCCGGGGACUACCUGUAUUGUGACCCACAUCAAGCCUUAUCCGAUAAAGAUUUGAUUCCGAACCAGAGGGUUGGGGCGCUCGUGUCAUUCCCGGAAGCUAGUAGAAGCAGUAUUGGCAUUGGACCAAACUGCCUGUAUCGAAGACAGAACACCCUGCUGCAGAUAGUAAAAUAGAUUACAGUUGCUAAAUGACCUGACGUUAGAAAAACUGGAAAAAUAUGUGAAACAACGCUUAAGUUUAAAGUAGAAAUGAGCUGAGUCACUACAGCUUCUUCUUCUACGAUUUCUGGAAUAUUUGGUCCAUCUGCAAAUUUCAAAAUAAUUUGUUCAGACCAAAAGUGUCUAAAAAUGAACACGCAAAGCUCUGUGUUCAUUUUUAGUGUCCAUGAAAACCGUCCAGCCAAACAUAAUUUUAAUCCGCACUCUAAUCGAAUUAAAGAAAUGUUGUCCAUGUAAAUGGAGCCACUGUAAAUGGCAGUGAAUGAGUCAAACUAGAACGAGGCAUCACAUAAAGCUUUUGUUCAUGCUUUGCAGCUUCUUCUCAUGUUGCAAAAUCAGGCACGUUCAGAAAUGGUGUGUUGACAUUACUAAGAAGAUAUGAACAGUUUAGAAGUGUUUCAAAGUCCUUUCUUGUCUCUCAUUUAUUUAUGAACACUUAGUGAGAUUCAAGUUCUUAUUUGAGUGAAUUCAACUCACCAGCAUAAUUCGGAAUGUUUUGCAGAACUACAGUGGUAUGAAAAAGUAUCGGAACUUUUUGAAAUUUCCCACGUUUCUGCAUAAAAUCACCAUCAAAUGUGAGCUGAUCUUAGUCAAAAUCGCACAGAUGAAAAAACAGCGUCUGCUUUAACUAAAACUGCCCAGACAUUUAUAGGUUUUCAUAUUUUAUUGAAGAUAGUGUGCAAACAAUGACAGAAAUAAAAUUAAAAAUAAAGAAAACAAAAUCAUAAGAAAAUUAAAAAGAAAAAUAAUAUAAAAUAGAACAAUAAUAGGAAAAAAAUAACAUAUGUCAACCAUCACAUUUAAUAUUUUGU